AUGUUCACUCCUUCAGACACCUUGUAUGACCACUCAUUUCACGCAAAGGCCAAUGCUCUACCUUCGGAUGAUGCUGGCCAUCUUCAGGAGGAUGCUGAAGACAAAUACUACGAGACGCGAUGUAUCCUAGAGGGCAGGACGCGGCAAAAUCAAGUAAUGGGUUCCGAUGCUGACUUGUCGAGGGACCUGCACGCGUUUGCAGCCUUGUUCAACCGUGCAAACCGCGCGGAACCAGAAUGUGAAGCUGCAGCUGUUACACAGCCAACCCAGCAUGACAUUCACAAAGCCUCCUACAUCCAAAAGUGGCGCCAGGGAGUCAAGGAAAACGCGCGAUGGGAUAUUUCUGUUCAGGCCCCCACCUCACCGACGUUCAUGUCCUUCCCAGGCUCCCCGGUAGCCGUCGUCAGCCCCGCCGCGUUAAAUGUCACGUCCCUUCCUCCAUACAAAUUCAGCUCUGCCUCGGACGAAAAGCGCUAUCCUUUUGGCAACCGUCGCGCUGCUACUGCGCAACUGGUUGAAGAGGAAGACUAUGACCUUGACCUUCUACUCCAGCAGCACGAGGUGCAGACAGAAACGGAGGACGAAGAUGUCGAUGGGCGAACCGAGUCAUCCAUCGUACUUCAAGCGAUCACCCCUCCUCUCCGACCAGCUGACAACACUCUCAAGCUUAGCAAUCAAAUCCGUUGGAUCCCAUCUCGUUUGAAGUACACUCUUCUCUCGGCUAAGCGAAAAUGCUUCUGGCGACGAUGA